AUGGCUCAUGUCCUCGAAGAGCUGGGCCUAACCACCAUGUGGCGGUCGUCGCUCGACGUGAAACUUCUCUGCGCGCAACGCUUCGUGCGCCUUUUCGCGUACGGUGGCUCAACUUUGAUUUUGGCAUCGUAUCUGUCGGCUAUGGGGAUUUCAGAUGAUCGUAUUGGCUUAUUUAUGACCCUAACGCUGGUUGGAGAUGUGGUGAUUAGCUUCUUCCUCACCCUAUAUGCCGAUCGUAUGGGCCGCAAGGCGGUGUUAUCGCUCGGAUCGAUCCUCAUGGCUGGCAGCGGAGUCAUUUUCGCGCUAUUUGGAAACUUUUGGAUUUUACUGGCAGCUGCAGUCUUUGGUGUCAUCAGUCCGAGUGGAAAUGAAAUUGGUCCGUUCCGCGCCGUUGAGGAAUCGACUUUGGCUCAUCUCACGCCGCAUGAGCUUUUGAGUGAUGUUUUUGCCUGGUAUUCCUUAAUCGGAACUGCAGGCUCAGCCACAGGUAUGCUUGUCUGUGGUUGGAUUAUCAAUUCUCUAGAGUCAAUUCAUGGAUGGGCUUUCAUUCCCGCCUGUCGCAUCAUUUUCUUCGUCUAUGCCGGCGUUGGAUUCGUGAAGUUAAUCUUCACUUUGGGUCUGAGUGGUGAAGUCGAGGUCCAGAAGAAAGAACCACAGGAACAGAGCUCCGAAACCCAACCGCUGCUGACAGAAGCAGUUGAGUCUGAUGUCGAGCCGACCCCAAAGAAGAAGGGGCUGUUUCCGUCUAUUGAAAAGGACCUGUGGUCGCUGGUUAUUCGUCUCUUCAUCCUAUUUGGAGUGGACUCGUUUGCGUCUGGGUUGGCUUCACUGUCAUGGAUGACCUACUUUUUCAAGGGUAAAUUCAAUCUGCCUGAAGGUGAACUCGGUACUAUAUUUUUCACCACAAACAUCAUCGCCGCAGCAUCCAUGCUGGUUGCCUCGUCCCUCGCCAAGCGAAUUGGUAAUGUCAAGACUAUGGUGUUCACACAUUUGCCGUCGGCGAUCUGCCUGGCUCUUAUCUCUGUCCCAUCUAGCCUGCCUCUGGCACUGACAUUUUUGGUUCUGCGAGCCUGUUCACAAAACAUGGAUGUGGCGCCUCGCUCCGCAUUCCUUGCUGCGGCUCUGCCGGCAGACAAGCGUACUGCUAUCAUGGGUGCGGUGAAUGUUGUCAAGACUACUACGCAGAGCAUGGGUCCCUUGUUAACCGGUAUCUUGUCGCGCAAUGGCCAUUUCGGUGUAUCCUUCAUCAUUGCAGGAUGCUUGAAAGUGAUUUAUGACCUUGGCAUGUUGUUCAGCUUUGCUGGGAAGGAGGCUGCUCGUCGGAAGCAGACAGCGCAAGAUACCGAUGAGGAGACAAGCUAG